GCUGGGCAGGGAAAGAGCAAAGAGUGAGCGGGGUGGACCUGCCGGAGCCACGAGCCGGUUCGCGGGGAGGCUCUUUGCGCGGGACUCUGCCCGGCGAAGGGGGAAGUUUUGAGGAAGCCGGCGGAGCGACCGACCGACCGACCGGCUCCAAUCUCUCAGCUAAGCCGGGUGCGCCUUUUCCUUCCCGUGCAGUUGGGGCGCAGAGGCCGCGCAUGGGGAGGCGACCCGGGUGCACGCAUGAGUGAGAGGACGCGCGAGAGGAAAGGCGCCCCCACCGCCGAGAGACCCCCACCCACCCGGCAAGACCCGGGAUGGCGGCGGCGCCGCUGCUGUGAUGAGGCUGAAACUUCGGCGUGGAUGUAGGAAGUAGAAGUGCGAGCGCGGCGAGGCUCGCAGAGGCUCUCCCUGGCUGGAGCUCUGCUGCCGGAGGAGAAGGAGCAGGGGGAAGCGCGGAGGCGCCCGAGCAGCUGCCCGGCCCCUCGCCAUGGAUUGCAGCCGCCUCCGGACUCUGAUUAACAGAUAUUGUGCUGGAGAAGAGAAUUGGGUGGACAAUCGGACUAUAUAUAUCGGGCAUCGUGAACCCCCUCCGGGCACUGAAGCAUACAUUCCGCAAAGGUAUCCAGAUAACAGAAUAGUGUCCUCAAAGUACACUUUUUGGAACUUUGUACCGAAGAAUUUAUUUGAGCAGUUCCGAAGAAUAGCAAAUUUUUAUUUUCUUAUCAUUUUUCUUGUACAGUUAAUUAUUGACACACCAACUAGUCCCGUGACGAGUGGGCUUCCACUUUUCUUUGUCAUCACUGUAACAGCUAUAAAACAGGGCUACGAGGAUUGGCUUCGUCACAAAGCUGACAAUGCAAUGAACCAAUGUCCUGUUCACUUUAUUCGACAUGGCAAACUGGUUAGAAAACAGAGCCGCAAACUGAGGGUUGGAGAUAUUGUAAUGGUUAAAGAAGAUGAAACAUUUCCUUGUGACUUAAUACUCUUGUCAAGUAGCCGGGCAGAUGGAACAUGUUUUGUUACAACAGCAAGUUUGGAUGGCGAGUCUAGUCAUAAGACAUAUUAUGCUGUUCAGGAUACAAAGUCCUUUCAAAGUGAACAAGAUAUUGACACUUUGCACGCAACUAUUGAAUGUGAACAACCUCAACCUGAUCUAUAUAAGUUUGUUGGCCGGAUAAAUGUUUACCAUGACCAAAAUGAGCCUACUGCAAGGCCAUUGGGAUCUGAAAAUCUGCUUCUUAGAGGAGCUACUUUAAAGAACACAGAGAAAAUAUUUGGUGUCGCUAUAUACACUGGCAUGGAAACCAAAAUGGCAUUGAACUACCAAUCAAAAUCUCAGAAACGAUCUGCUGUAGAAAAAUCCAUGAAUGUAUUUCUUAUUGUAUACCUCUGUAUUCUGAUCAGUAAAUCGCUAAUAAAUACCGUUCUGAAGUAUGUUUGGCAAAGUGAACCGUUUCGUGAUGAGCCGUGGUAUAACCAGAAAACAGAAGUGGAAAGAAAAAGAAACGUGUUUAUUACAGCAUUUACAGAUUUUCUUGCCUUCAUGGUUCUUUUCAACUACAUCAUUCCUGUAUCAAUGUAUGUCACAGUGGAAAUGCAGAAGUUUUUUGGUUCUUACUUUCUCACUUGGGAUGAAGAAAUGUUUGAUGAGGAAACAGGCGAAGGACCUCUUGUGAAUACGUCUGACCUCAAUGAAGAGUUAGGGCAGGUUGAAUACGUCUUCACAGAUAAAACAGGAACAUUGACCGAGAACAAUAUGGAGUUCAUUGAAUGCUGUAUCGAGGGGCAUGUUUACGUUCCUCACGUAAUCUGUAACGGCCAGAUCCUCAAUGAUUGUGCUGGGAUUGAUAUGAUUGAUUCUUCCCCAGGAGGAAGCAGCAAAGAGAGGGAAGAGCUCUUUUUCCGGGCACUAUGUCUGUGUCAUACCGUUCAAGUGAAGGAGGAUGACAAUGUGGACGGAUUAAAGAAAGCUCAUCUGUCAGGAAGGUCUUCAGUGUACAUCUCUUCAUCCCCUGAUGAAGUCGCUUUAGUUGAAGGGAUUCAGAGACUUGGCUACACAUAUUUAAGACUGAAGGACAAUUUUAUGGAGGUCUUAAAUAGAGAAAAUGACAUUGAAAAGUUUGAAUUGUUGGAGGUCCUUAGUUUUGAUUCAGUGAGGAGACGGAUGAGCGUAAUUGUUAAAUCAGCAAAAGGCGAAAUAUUACUAUUUUGUAAAGGAGCAGAUUCUUCUAUAUUUCCUAGAGUUACAGAAGGCAAAAUAGAACAGAUUCGAUCAAGAGUUGAACGAAACGCUGUGGAGGGUCUGCGGACAUUGUGUGUUGCUUAUAAGAAGUUCACCUAUGAAGAAUACGAGAAGGUGCAGAAAUAUCUGCAGGAGGCAAAGCUGUCUCUGAGUGACCGGGAAAAGAAACUUGCAGAAGCUUAUGAGGAGAUAGAAACAAGUCUCACCCUACUUGGUGCCACAGCAGUGGAAGAUCGUCUACAGGAGAAAGCGGCUGAUACCAUUGAAGCCCUACAAAAAGCUGGCAUGAAGGUGUGGGUUUUGACAGGAGACAAAAUGGAGACAGCUGCUGCAACAUGCUACGCCUGUAAACUGUUCAGAAGAAGCACCCAAAUACUCGAGCUGACCACAAAGAAAAUAGAAGAGCAGAGUUUGCACGAUGUAUUGUUUGAGUUAAGCAAAACUGUCCUAAGGCACAGUGGCAGCUUAACAAGAGAUAGUUUCUCAGGGCUUUCAGCUGAAAUGCAAGAUUAUGGUUUAAUUAUUGAUGGAGCGGCAUUAUCAUUAAUAAUGAAGCCACGGGAAGAUGGGAGCUCUGGUAACUACAGAGAGAUCUUCCUUGAAAUAUGUAGGAACUGCAGUGCAGUUUUAUGCUGCCGAAUGGCUCCUUUGCAAAAAGCACAGAUUGUAAAAUUAAUUAAAUGGUCAAAGGAGCACCCCAUCACAUUAGCAAUUGGUGAUGGAGCAAAUGAUGUCAGUAUGAUCUUAGAAGCUCAUGUUGGCAUUGGUGUUAUUGGAAAAGAAGGCCGUCAAGCUGCAAGAAAUAGUGACUAUGCAAUACCCAAAUUUAAACAUUUGAAAAAAAUGUUACUUGUUCAUGGGCAUUUUUAUUAUGUCAGGAUAGCUGAACUUGUGCAAUACUUCUUUUAUAAGAACGUCUGUUUCAUUUUUCCUCAGUUUUUAUACCAGUUCUUCUGUGGGUUUUCACAGCAGCCUUUGUAUGAUACUGCGUAUCUUACCCUGUACAAUAUCAGCUUCACUUCCCUUCCUAUCCUGUUGUAUAGUCUAAUGGAACAGCAUGUCAGUUCAGAUACGCUCAAGCGAGACCCUACACUGUACAGGGAUGUUGCCAAGAAUGCCCUCCUGCGCUGGCGUGUAUUUAUUUACUGGACAUUCUUGGGAUUAUUUGAUGCUAUGGUCUUUUUUUUUGGUGCCUAUUUCUUGUUUGACAACACAACUGUGACCAGCAAUGGACAGCUAAUGACAGCCACCACUCACAUGAUGUUUGGAAAUUGGACCUUUGGGACACUGGUGUUCACUGUACUAGUAUUUACUGUUACUCUGAAGCUUGCACUGGAUACACACCACUGGACAUGGAUCAAUCAUUUUGUGAUCUGGGGAUCACUACUAUUCUACGUUGUAUUUUCUCUCCUCUGGGGAGGGAUUAUCUGGCCUUUUCUCAAUUAUCAGAGGAUGUACUAUGUGUUCAUGCAAAUGCUGUCUAGUGGUCCUGCAUGGCUGGGUAUUAUAAUGCUCAUAACGGUGAGCCUUCUUCCAGAUGUGCUGAAGAAAGUUCUUUGCAGGCAUUUAUGGCCUACAGCAACAGAAAGAAUCCAGAAUACAUCAAGCCAUGGUCGGGACCAUUUUUCAGAAUUUACACCUCUUGCCUCUCUAAAGAGUACAAGAUACAGGAGCAACGACUACAAGAAUUCCCAAGCAAGAAGGUCUAGUUCGCGUUCUAAAAAAACAAUGUUUACACGUUGGAGAAACAAUGAUUAUUCAAUACUCCCAUGUAUUUUUGGCUGUUCCAAUAAACAUUGCAAUGCCAGUGUGGGGUACUAUCAAAGGGGUUCAGGUUUGGAAACAUCUCUAUGACAGAUCACCAACUCAAGCCUUUAAGAAAUACAACUAUUCCCCACUCGCCCGAGCCCAGCAGACAACCAUUUAAUAACAUUGAUUGAAAUGUUGUUGGGUUUUACUAACUGGUGUAACAAUCUGACAGACUGGAUCAAGAACACCGAGUAUAAAUCAUUCCAGGAGUACUGGCUUUUUAAUGUUUUAAACUGCUGGAGCAAUGGAUUUACCUACACAGUCUGGCACUGUGAGAAUUGACAGCACUAGAAUUUCCCUCCAUUCUGUCAAAACCUUUGUGUGUUUGUGGCUUCUGUCAUUACUUCUCCUUUAUUGUUUGAAGUGUGUUGCUUUGGUCAAUGAUCUGCUUCUGAAAUCAAUGGUUAAAUAUUUUCAGGCACUAGCAUUGAACAGAGAACAUAUUAACAGGUGCUGUUUCUGACUUGUCUUUGUCCUUUGUUCUUUCUAUAGAACAAACUGGUGUUUCCUUUGUGCAAAUCUGCUUUCAAGAAACACUCUCUAAUAUCCAUUUUAUUGUAAGUCGCCAAGUAGGACCAUACGCUAUUUAGGAUUGUUUCUCCCCAGUAGACCAAUACAUUUCUACUUAGACAAGAAGUCAAGCUGGCUAUCAAGUGUUGGCAGCCGCCAGGUACAUUGUGUUGAAAAUAAUUAUUGAAUUUAAGAAUUCAUCCUAAGAUUAUUCUCAACAAUUUGUCAACAAUAAAUGAACCAGUGUUCUACCAUUUUGCUACCUCUGGGAUGGAGAGUGCGUGUGAAUGUUUGGGAAGUGUUUUGAUAUCUCAUGGUUUUUUCCUGUUGAGGCAAGGAAGUAGUUGAGUUUUUAAAGAAUUUUUAGAAGGAUACAAUAUUUUAGAUAACUGAUAUUGAGUUUUUAGUUUGGCUUUUUGGGAAAAAAUAAGAGCGUGGGGAAAUUGGUUAACAGAAGGGCUACUGUAUCAUGAAGGUACAGCUUUAUGACUACUGCUUCUUGUUAAAUAACUACUAGAUGGUGUUUUUCUCUUUUUGAGGGGGGCUCAGCUGUACUUCACUGGGAAAAAUGUGUCCAAAAGCUGUGAUUGCACAAAAGCUGCUCCAAUAAUUUAAAAUUAUUAUAGCCAGCUUGUACUUUAGUCCUCCAUCUGCAGUUCUAGUUUUGCUGUGAAAUCUGGUUUUGGUCGUAGCAGACUCAUGCCAGUCUUGUUUCUCCCACCCACCCCCACCCAGUGUUUUAUUUAGGGUGUCAAAAACCUGAAGAGUCACUUCAGAGGGAUUAAAGUUCUGGAUAAAUAUAUGGAACUUCCCUAUCACCUUUUGUGCAAAGUGAUAGGAGGAGUGGCAGAAUAUAGCAUUUUAAGAGGCAAAUUGUGAAAACUUCAGUUUUCCAAAGAAGACAAAGACGAGAAGGAAUGGGCAAUAGCUUCCAUAAUUCCUUUUUUCCACCAUGUGAUGCAUGGCAUCAUACUAUAUUUGUGGCUAAGUUGAAGCAUUUUAAAGUGACAUUGUCAGUAUGAAGUGAUAAUAAUAUACAUAAAGUUAAUAUUAUUUGUCAUGAUAAACUUGAGUGUCUGGUAAAUAUGCCCCCUACAUAAAACACUGGUUACAUAUAUAUGAGUAUGUAUAUAUAUUUUUGAAACCAACUUGAUAUGGGUAUUCAUUUUAUAGGAGUGACAAAUCUGUUUGGGUGUAGUUAACAAAAUUAUUUUUAAUGCAUUUUUUUAAAAAAAAUCUUAAAACUGCCUUUGCACUGAAAUAUUUUUCAAUACUGUAGCUAUUUAUAUAUCUGUUUUACGCAACAUUUGUUAACACCAUUUCUAUUUUUUUAAGCGUAUGUCUUAGAGAGUUGUUUUAUACUUAUAAGUUUUUGAUCUCAAAAAAAAAAUGUAGCCAAUAGUGGAAUUGUGAUUGAAUGUUGAAAUUCUGAUGAAUGUUAAAAUUAGAAGUAGGUUAUUCUGUCAGAUUCAUCCAAAACCACUGAUUUUUUUUUUCAUGCUCUUGAUAGGGAUAGUAGCUUUUAAUGCAAUACAACUGCUGCUCAUGACGAACUGCUGCUGUUCCUAUAUUUAUGUUCUGUAAGGCUUAUCCUGUUUGUUUAUGUUUUCAUUGCCAUCCUUCAGCCUUAAAUAAGAAGACUCUUGCUUGAGGUUCUGAAAAUGCUGCAUUCCUGCUAUACCUAUUAACAGAAGGGUAUAUUGCAACCUUCGUACAUCUCAACUAUUUCCUAAACAGGCUGGGAUCUUUAAUGGUAGCUGAUGAUAUUUUUUUUGAAGCUUUCUUUCAUUGUAUUACUUCAGGGGAAGAAAACAAUUUGAUUGAAAGUGGUCAUUCCAUAAAUGAUUGGAACUUUAAAAAACAUUCCCUGUAAAUGUACAAAAAAAAAUACAACUUCUGCACUCCUGUCUUUCAUUUGGCCCUUUCCAUUUUGGACAUUCAGGUGUGUUGUGGGAGAAAUUAAACUAUUGAAAUCCGGAGAUCGCCGUAGAAUACACACAUCCUUAUGUACACAAGCAUUUUCACUGCCAAACGGAUGACUGAUAACUGCAAAUUCUGCGAGCACUGAUCGACUGGCAGUGAUGAUGCAGUAUAAUCUGGAUUUGUUUUCCCACAUUCGAAUAAGUGAUCAAGGGUCUGAGUUGAUAAAAUUGAUCAUUAAUGUGUUUGUGGCUCACUGUUGUGGCAGAAGUGGAAUUUUUUUCCCGCACAUGGAAGGACUGGGUAUGAGGAGGGGGAGAACGCUAGAACAGUGAUCUGUGCUCAGUAAUCGGUUCGUCUGCAAAAAUUAUUCUUGCUAAAAGCAAUGCAUGGAUCAAAGGGUUAUAAUACGAUUUUUUAAAAGCUCUUGAUUAUAAGAGAUUUAUCUGGAGAAAAACUGCAUCCUGUUUAACUCAAAUUGGUAUGUUUGAAUCGGUUAAACGUUUAACAAGAAAAUUUCUCAAAUGCUUUAACAAAUGUGCUUGAACUUAUGGGAACCAACCAAAUGUUCAAAGAGUAAAAUGUACUUUAGUUGAUGCUAACAUAUUCUUGUAAGUGGUUAAUAGUAAGAUUCUGUUAUUUUAAUUUGGGGGAUCUUGAGUAAUCAUGAUUUUCUUCAGCUACUUAGUAUAAGAAGCAUACCAUUUAUCCUACUGCUUGCAUCAGUCUGUGUAUCCCACUGCAUGGCAGGUAUCAAAGGAAGAAAUCUGUACUGCUUUGUGAAAUGAAUGGGAUCAUGUUUAAACAGCUUUAAUGAAAAUAUGUUGAAGUAUUAUGAAAGAGACAAAUGUACAUGAUUGUAUUCGACUCAACUGCACACAUCAGCUUAUAUAGCUUUACCUUUGUCAAAAUUAUACAGAAUUUUAACUGUACAUGGUGUCUAAAAAUCCUGUUGUGUGCUCUGUCAUUCUCAAUGCUCCCUUAUUCUGUAAAGUAGAGUCAGCAAAAAAUGCUUUUGGAAAAUGGUGGGACGUAGUUAUCAGUGCAUUAACCAUUCAAAAUAGCUGAAGUCAUCAGCACUAAAUACUAACAGACUUUUAAAUGGUACAGUGAUAGCUGCACUUAUCUGAUAAUUCAGCCUUCAUACUAUUGUUUAGACUAAUCUAUAACACUUCCUUAACUGGAUCAAAACAGUCUCAAGAAGUAUAUAAUAUAUAUAUAUAUACACACAAACACUUGUGCAUUAAUGUAAAGCUUAUUUUCAGUGCUGUUUUUAAACUUUAGUUUCUGUAGAUAUCUAAAUGAAAAUUCUUUAUAUUCAUAUUUUGGACCUUUCUGUAGAUUGUAUAAAAUAGUAGAUGUUCAAAUCUGCUUGCAAUAAAAUAAUAUUU